CGGAAGAAAGAGUUUGGAAACUGAACACAGAACAGCCAAAUCAUCAGACGGACGCCGAAGUGAAGUUUGCGAGUCGCCGAUCCAUCCCUCCCUCAUUCCCUCCAGUUCAGCUAGCCUUUUUAUGCUUCAAAGUAGGCUGUCUCUCUGCUUCUUCCGCAAUUCCGGCAACCCUGCAAAAGGCUACGCUCUACAGCAUCCUCUCCAGCUGAGGAAGAGCAUCGGGAAGGCGGGAUUAGGAGCCGCCAGGUUGGCGACUAGCCGGAGGGCAGAGACAAAGUUUCUUCGCCCCGUUUGGCGAGACGCGGCUGAGCGGCGGAAUCCCCGAAUUGUCUCCUGGAUUGCAAGCGCUUAGGGAGUUGGACAGGUCAGAUUUAUAGUAUUUACUGGUUUAUUGAUGAGAAAUCUAGGAGAUAAGUCAAACUAGGUUGUACUGGUUGAAACUCUAUGACAGAAGAUUGUGAGAUUAGGGAUUUAGGGUUUGUAUUUGUCUGCCUUCGGAUGCGCCAUUGUCAUCAGAUAAGAAGUUUCGUGAUAGCAAUGUUUUCUUAUUUAUAAAUUGGUUUUGUGGAUGUCUGCAGAUUAACUGGUGCAGUAGCACAACUAAACCUGAGUAAAAGCAGUUAAGAGUCAUGGCCAAGCAUCAUCCAGAUUUGAUCAUGUGCAGGAAGCAACCCGGCAUUGCCAUUGGACGGCUCUGUGAGAAAUGCGAUGGGAAAUGUGUGAUCUGCGACUCCUAUGUGCGCCCUUGCACGCUGGUGCGAGUUUGCGACGAGUGCAACUAUGGGUCGUUCCAGGGCCGCUGUGUUAUCUGUGGAGGAGUAGGCAUAUCUGAUGCGUACUACUGCAAAGAGUGCACGCAGCAGGAGAAAGACCGUGAUGGCUGCCCCAAGAUCGUGAAUCUGGGCAGUGCGAAAACCGAUUUGUUCUAUGAACGUAAGAAAUAUGGUUUCAAGAAAAGAUGAUGAGCAUCAGGAUAGAUAUAGCGUAUGAAUUUUGGUCUGUUGUUUACAAUGCAAGGAAGUUUAUACACUAGCAGCUAGCAUCUGCUGUUUAGUGUAGUCCUAGAGUAGAUGCCCCUCCUUUCUGUCCUUCUGUCUUUAGUCUUUACGAAUUCGUGAUGAAAUCUUGAGGCGGGUCUGCCAUUUGUGUUGCUGUUUCUUUUCUCCCCAAGAACUAGAUGUGUUUUGAAGCAGAUGUUCAUUGAAUCGCAUAAGCUAAAGCAUAGAACGGAUUUGACCGUAGUUUCCACUUGGGUCACUCAUUGGGCUUUGGGCCCAGAUAAAUCUAUUGGGCUUUA